UUGCAGGGUGAUCGCGGCGCGGGUGUGGGAUUGUUGGGGAUGAGCUUCUACUUGGACAGGCUCGAGGCCGUGCGGCGGCGCCGGCAGCCGGAGACGCCGGGCCGGGGGGCGGCCCCGGCCGCGGGAGGUGCCCCGACGCCCCCGACCCCGCUCCCUUGUGGUUACCAGCACCACCAGCACGCCGCAGCUACUCUCCCUCGCAACCCGUGUCCUCCCGUUCCUCCUCUUCACGCCGGCGACGGUGGCGGCGUGGAUGAUGCCGGCGGAACGUGGCGCGGAGGCAGCGCGCCCGUGGGCGCGGCGGGGAGCGGGGCGGCGCAGGUCGGCGCGGCGGGGUUGGAGGCGGAUGCUGGCGACGGCGCACGGGGGGCGGCCGGUUCGGCUACGGCGGGAGGCGAGAUGCAGAAGAAGAGGUUCGUGGAGGCGCCGACGCCGCACGCGCGCUGCCCGCCGCCCAAGCGGAGGGCCGUUGCGCCCGCUCGGCGCCGGUUCCCGCCCGGCUGCGGGAGGGACGCGGGGGCGCCGCUGCCCCACGUCCACGGCGCCGGCGACGACGGUUCGCGGUUCGUACCGGCGCUUCGCCGCGGCGGCCCUGGCGCACCCCUGCAGGAGUCGGCUCCGCCUCGUCCUACUACGACUACUCUCGCGGGCGGCAACGACGGCGUCCUCCUGUUCCAAGAGACGGCGUCUCCAGGUGCUGCUGCUGCUCCUGGUUCGAGUGCGCUGAACGAGGCCUCUGCUGAGGACGGUGCCGCCGCCGGCGCAACGACGGACGGCGCUCGCCGCCGCCCAGGGGUGGUGCUGGUGAAACCAUCAGAGGCUCCGGGCAAGAACUCUGCUGCCGCCGCCAAGGAUGGUUUGUGCAACGACACUGCUUCACAAGGUGUUGCAGAGCCAUGGAAUGGUGAUCAGUUGCCGAAGAACAAGGAUCAUUUGGCCCCAGCCAUGCGUUUGCUACCGAAGCCGGGCAUGGUUUCUGCCCGCCGCCGCUUCCCGCCUGGUUGCCGGAGGCUUGGACCGCUUCUGCUCGCUGGAGGUGGCAGUAGCCCAGUGUGGUCGCCGCCGUCGGGGCCUGCAGACCGAGAGGACAUGGAAAUUGUGGCUCCUCUGUGCACUGGUACUGUAGAUGGAGCAGCACAGAACGAGGAACUGGAUGAAGGGGAGAUUGCCCGUGAGCGUGACGUCCAAGAAUCUCCCAUUGCUACUCUGCACGAUGAGGCUACAGCUUGCAGACAUGGUGCUUCUGCUCCAGGAAUUACUGAAACCCAUACUUCCACUGAGGGGAUGAUUGGGAGCACACGGCAUUGUGAGGAGAACAGGACUAGUGGAAGUUCCUGCAGUGUUCCUGCUGAAUCUUCGGCUCAAGGUUUUCCUAAAGAUCAUCAGAGGGAUGAGGCUGAGAGGGUGCCUGAAUGUGCUACUACGGUGGACACGGCGUGUUCGUAUAUUGCAGCUAGAAUUUCUGAUGAAGUGGUCAUGACGAGGAAGAAGGUCAUGUUUACACCUCGGAAAUCAGUCAAACCUCCCAAAUCGAUUCAGAAGCCUGCUCUGAACAUUCAGUGUAGGCCCUUCUCCAAGGAAAUUGAGGAAGACCCUAUGUCCGCAGAUAAGUGCCAAUGGACAAAGGGAAAGGAGGCUGCCACAGUUGGCGACUACUUCGGUCCCAAGAAGAAGGUGAAUGUAAAAGGUCAAGCUCAUCUUCCGGCCAAUGUCGCCGCUGCAUGCGCAUUGGGUACCAUGGAGAAACCAGAUGCCAGCAAAGAGGACUACUCCAACUUGGAAGAUGAUGAAAUUUUCAAGGCACUAGCUGCUCAUGAUGGAAACUUUGAACAUGGACCCCAAAAUGCAGACGCUAGGAGCAAAGUCAAGAUGGUGUGCAGCAGGUUCGAGUCUAUCUGCAGGGCCAUUGUGCAAGCCGUGGAGCAGCGUUCGCUGAAGGUCAGGAGGAUCGACCUCGCAGCCGACAAACUGAUCAGGAAGCUGCCGGGAUUCACCAAGCUCGGGCCCAUCAUCGGAGACGUUCCAGGAGUUGAGGUGGGCGACGAGUUUCUGUACAGGGUUGAGCUGGCCCUUGUUGGCCUCCACCGCCCGUACCAGGGAGGCAUCGACACCACCAGGGACGAAACCGGUUUGCUGAUCGCGAUAAGCGUUGUUGCCUCCGGAGGAUACCCCGACGAGCGGUCUCGCCUAGGUGAACUGAUCUACACAGGCUCCGGCAAGAAUGGCGAAGACCAGAAGCUUGGGAACGGGAACCUAGCAUUGAAGAACUGCAUCGAGAGGAAGACCCCUGUCCGGGUGAUCCAUGGCUUCAAGGGUGAUAACAGAGAGGGAAGCAGCCAUUCGAGGGCCAAGGUGAUCUCGACGUUCACGUACGAUGGACUGUAUCAUGUGGUGGACUGCUGGAAACAAGGUCGGCCAGGUUCGAAGGUGUUCAAGUACAAGCUGCAAAGGAUUCCGGGGCAACCAGGACUUGACCUGCACACGGGUAGAUUCGUGGGGAAGAACAAUUUUUAAAAGCUCAUGCGUGUGUUAAUAUUUCAGACAGAAAAUUGGUUGAGGCUGCAAGGAUGUUGACGCCUACUAACAGGUAAAUGGUUACAGUGAGCUUUGUUUUCUUUUGGCGUAUUUCUCGUCCAGUCCAAGAAGGGUGAAACUUACAGUUUGCAUAAGAUAAAAUCAGAAUAAUGCUUAUGUAGUAUAACUUGUAUAAGAUAUUCAGAGAACUUGAAGGUUGAACCAAAUACAUUCUGACUUUGAGUUCACAA